CGUGGCGUUGCUUUGCAGUUUGAUUUCUUCACCGUACGGAUGAAGGAAGCAGCUGCCGAUCUCUGACACCCAGCACCGCCACUCACUGCCAUAUUGUAUGCCAGUAGCAGAAGCACUAACGUGGCCGGCCACCGUGAGUAUCCUACCCGUCGGGGACGUAGGUUACUGAAAAGAGUAGGCGAGCCGGGGAAUGCCGCUCGGUAAUAAAUCGAAUGUAAAGAGAGGAACAGCUGGGAGGGGAAGCGAGAUUCCACUCAGCACCCGUUUGCGUUUCUGUGUCCAUUAAUGUGAAUAAUACAUGAUAAGCAGUUGAUAUGAAAACUGAUUAUGGCGCUAAUCGAAUUCUGAAACCUGAAUACUGAGCAAGAGAAAUACUGGAUACAGAUUAUGUUAAUGAACAAUAGGAUUAAAUGGGACCAGUAAAUGGAAUGUCUCCAGAGACGAAAGCCGAAACUGCAGGAAUACAGAACAUUGCCAGAUUAAAACACAGUGACAGAAUGGGAACCCUGCCUGAAGCAGUUAGUGCUGCUGGCCCUAAGGCCACCUCAGUGGACAGAGAGUCUGCAGAUGACGAAGAGCUCACCAACUUGAACUGGUUGCAUGAGGAUACAAAUUUACUGAAGAACUUUAGCCUGGGAGAUGAGGGGUUUUCUGUGGUUAGCCCAUUCUAUGAUAUAGAAGGUGAUGGUUUGCCUUCUUUCUCGCCACCCUGUUCUCAGAACCAGAUGAAAAGGCCAGCAAGCACUAAACCUCCUUAUUCUUUCAGUCUUCUUAUUUACAUGGCUAUUGAGGGCUCACCUAAUAAAUGUUUGCCAGUUAAGGAGAUCUAUAGCUGGAUUCUGGAACACUUUCCUUAUUUUGCAACUGCACCCACUGGCUGGAAGAACUCUGUGAGGCAUAACCUAUCCUUAAAUAAAUGUUUCAGGAAAGUAGAACGAGGCCAUGGCAAGACAAAUGGAAAAGGGUCUCUGUGGUGUGUGGAACCGGAGUAUAAACCAAACUUGUUACAGGCACUAAGAAAACAACCUUACUGUAGAAUGUUUGCCUUAUAUACACCUCCUGCCUCACCUUCAAGUGCAUCGUCACCAACUUAUCACAUAACUUCUGUACUUAAGCAGCACCAGGGAUGCCCGAUAAAAGCGGAACCUGAUAUUGAUGCUGCCACAGCAAUGAUGCUUUUGAACUCUUCCUUCGAACAAAGAACUUCAGAGGGUACUCCAUCAAAGCAGUUGGUUCCAGUAUUACCCAAGAAAAGAAGCUACAGUAGUGCAUUUGAACAAAGAUCGACAAAUGUGUAUGGAGUAGAAACAGUAGCUGGCAUUGAUCCUAAAGAGGACCAUAAUUACAGUGCAACCACUGCAGCAACAGAUGCAUCCCAUCGGUGCGAAUCCAGGUCCAGCGUGUCUUCCUUGUCCUCUGUAGAUGAAGUGUAUGAAUUUGUUCCAGAGACUACUCCUGCAGGAAGUGAUGGUAGUGAAGGAUUCCACAGUGAAGAAGAUACAGAGGUUGAGGACUCUGAUGACCCUUUAGGAGACAGUGGCUAUUCAUCUCAAAAACAUGAGAACACCUCAAGCAAGGUCUGGCUCAGCAAAAAGCCUCGAAAGGAGGUGGGUCAAGAAAUUGAUGAGGAGCUGAAGGAGGCCGCAGGGUCUUUACUUCACCUAGCAGGAAUUCGUAUGUGCUUGGAUUCCUUAAUAAGUACUGCAAAGGCCAAGAGCAAAAAGCAUUUAAAAAACUAAUAGUAUACAUCAGCAUAUGGUAUUAAAUGUGGCAAUAUUCUACUCUAAUCCUUCAAGGAGGAGAUCAAAGCCAUAACAGGACGUGCUGACUGCCAUUUGCUUUAGCAUUUUUUUAAUUGCAUUUCAGGAUUUUUUAUUGAUAUAUAUAUAAAAAUUACUGGUUCAUCUAAAAAACUAGGUGAGUUGCAUGAUGUGUAAUUACCUGCAGGUGUAUUUAUGACUAUUUGAUUACUAUAUCUAGGCUUUCAGGAGAUAAAGAUGCAUGAGCACAUGUUCAGCGUAACAAAGAAAGCCUUUUCCUUAUUUGGCUUUAGCUUCCUUACGUGUCAUCUUUUCUUCCUAAGAAAUGGAGCUGUAGUUGUAUGAUAAUAGUUUGCAGUUCCAUUUAUUACACAUAUUCUACCCAGGCGGUAGAUGGUAUUGUACUUAAAAUGGCAAGAGCUUUGCCAGCUUGCACAUCCUAGUAUAUCAUGUAUAUGUUCUGAACUAGCAUAUGCUUGUGUAGGUCAGUCAGAUUUGUUAAGACUAAGACUGUAAAUUAGAAAAAAGGCAGUACUGAAUGGCAGAUGUUAUGCUUUAUAAUGCCAAAAGCAAUUAGCGUGGAAAAAUGUUCAUGUCAGAGGCAAGAGACAGAUUGUUCCUCAACCACCAGUUAUGUAUUGUUUGCACUUGCUGAACAGUGUUACAUUCCAGAGCGUAACAGAUACGGUAUCUUAUACAAGGACUGUAGCUUGCAUACUGUAUCCAGUGUGACUCGCAUGGACGUUGUUUUCCUUAGCUUACUCUGCUUUCCAUAUCCAAAACUAGUUGAUGUUCUUUGCCUAGAGUGAAACUGAAGUGCCAGGAGAUGAGAAUGUUGUGGACAAACUGUUGACCUGUUACAGGUACCCCUAAAUGUAGAAGAUCUAAAUCAGACUGUUGGAAGGUGUGAGCACUUUCAUGCUCAACUGGAAAGAUCUGAAAAGAUCACUCCUUUACAGAAGUGAGCUGUGAUUAGAUUCUGUUUAUUGGAAAAAAGUAGUUAAUCUUCAAAUUUAGUUACAAAUUAGCUAUGGCAAGAGAUUUUUUGCAGAAAGCUGUAUAGGGAAUCGAAGAUUCGAUAUUGGGAGUCCUGUGUGGUAGGUUACUUGUUAAGAUUUCCUGUCCUACUCCCUCAUUUUACUGCUUUUCUGUUUCUGUGCUUUAGGGCAUGUGUACCUCCUGCCUGACAUGUCAGGAAGUCACAUGUCACUUCUUUUGACCCACUAAAGGUGAGGCCCCAGCCCCUGAGCCUUUUGAGUGCCCUUCAUUAGAUCACUGUUGCAGUAUUGCUUACUAAUGGGGAGUAUUCUUCCAAGAAUACCAUACAUCCAGGCAGUUUGCAAAAGCUUGGGCUCCUUCCUCUCAUGACAUUUAUCUGGUCUACAACCUAUGCACGAAACUGCAUCCUGGUACAUAAGGAUGUACAGGUGUGAAGUUCCCUAGAAUUUUCUUGUUGCAAGUCAGUGUAGGAAGAUGACAUCUCUCACCUUGGUCUGCCAGCCUUUACAGCCUGUGCCAUUUUUCAUUCUUUGCAGGCAGAUAAAUUUCCCCAUUGGGGACCCAUCCUGAUUCAUUUAAUUUGUCUCUAAAAUUGUCAUCAAUUUCCUGUCAGCUAAGAGAGAGAUGUGACUGUGGUCUGCAGAUCUCCUAUAAUAGUCACAGUAAGUGUGUGUUUAUUCUGUCUGAAUCUAGGACAUCAUUUUAGGGAGUGCUGUUUUCUAAAUAGUUCAUCCUUCAAACAGUUAAAGUCCUAAAGACUGUUUGACUUCUCCCCCUGCUUCAACUGUCAAAGACCCAACUGGAGGCUGACAAGGAGCAACUUUUAAGCACAUCCCACUGGGCCACCUGGAUGGCUGGGAAAUAGCAACCCCCAGCUGGUUAUUUCUGACUGACUAGGAGUAACAGAGAUUCUCUUUCUAAUGGAUGUCCCAGGUAUCCUUGUAAAUGUGCAUUAGGAGUCUGCCCCCCCCUCUUCAACGUCUGUCUGCUGACACCCAUAAAAAGAGAAGGCAGAAGACUAACAUCUCCCUUUCUGUUACUCCUUCUCCUAAUCCAAAACAGGAGUGGUACCGUUUUUCUGAAAGCCCUUAUGUGUCUGAAGCCU